AGUCGCGAGCCGCCCUCCGCUUAGACGCACGUCGCUCGACGUCAACCCGAAAAAAACAUCGAUUUUUUAACAGUCCAACUCAGUGGUAGUGUGUGACAUAUAGUGUUUUAGUGCUAGUGUGUGUGAGCCUAAUGUGUGUGACGAUAAACAUUCAGCACACAAACGACAGCAUUAAGUAGUAUAGCUGGAGAUUUUUUUCGACGAAGAUUCAGAAAGUUCCGAAAGCUCGAAGGGGAAACUGCGAGCGUCUUUGAUGUAGGAGUAACGUGAAAUUGGAUCGGAUUUUGUUGCUUCACCUUAGAUGUUAUUCGUGGAAAAUGGACAGAGGAUUUCAGAUUAAAGCAGCUUAUCGACUGAUAACAAGAUACGGAUCUAAGGACCUUUAGGAUUUACUGUUUCUCGGACCAGAAUAUGCUAAAAUGCCUCCAGUCUACCAUUUAGAUCCAUAUGAGGAGUGCUUCUUCGAUCCUGGCGGCGUGUACUGUGACAUCAACUUCGCUCUGGUGUCUGAUGAACCGAGUGCACUUCUGAACAUGAUCCAACAAUAUUCUUCUGAAAAUGUAAUCCAUUACAAUCACUCGAAUUUGGAUUACGGAAUUUGCAUUACGAAGAAAUAUAAAAACAGAACAGAACCAAUGAUUGACAGGAAAAUGACACUAGAGAGAUGGCUCAACCAUACGUUUUGGAAGAAUUAUAAACUGAAAACUAGAGUGAAAGACCCGUUAUAUUGUGGAGCAAGUGCUGACGAAAUCCCAAUAGACGGUCCAGAUAUUUUUGUAGCGGUUAUGUCGUCAAUAAUAAUCACGCUGAACCUUUUGGGAAGUCUACUGGAUUUUUUUGGCGCUAAUUGCAAGUUUGCUAAAGGGCUAGUAUCGUGUUUCUCUUUACGUCAGAACUGGAACCGAUUGGUUGCGACGCCAGACCAAACGAAUUUACCGACGCUAAAGAACUUAAAACCCAUUAAUGGAAUCAAAGUUAUAUGUAUGGUGUUUGUAAUAAGCAUUCACUCAUUUCUACCAGUCACUAAUUACAUGAGCAAUACCCAAUAUUUUGAAUCGUUUUUCAACAAUUAUUUUUACUACAUAAUUUUCAAUGGUACAAUUAUCAUGCAAACGUUUUUUAUCAUAUCGGGAUGUCUCUUUGUUAUCAAAUACUGCUUGGACGUCGAAGAAAAGACAGCAAAUAUCAUGACCGCUCUGAAGUUUAUAUUCUUUAGAUGGUUAAGAUUGACUUUGCCGUAUGCGUUCUUGUUGGGAUUCACAUCAACCUGGAUGAGACAUUUAGGUUCGGGUCCUCUUUGGCAGAGAUUUAUUGGGAACGAAGUUAAAGACUGCCGGAGAAACUGGUGGAUGCAUUUACUGUACGUGAAUAAUUACUUCACCGGUUCCGAAUGCAUGGGACAAACUUGGUACCUAGCAGCGGACAUGCAACUCUACUGUGUCAGUAUUUGCGUUUUUGUCUUCUUCAAGAGCGUCAAAAGCAGAAAAAUCAUUUUAACAUCACUCUUCUUGAUCGGAUGCUUGUUUAGAAUGUGGAAUACUUACUAUCACAAUCUGGAUCCUAUUCUCACGAUGACUCCAGAACAAUCGCGUUAUUUGUUUCAAAGAGAUAAAAAUUUCAUUCACUUAUACGUUCCCGGUCACACGAACCUGCCGGCCUGUGUUAUCGGCUUGACUCUAGGAUACAUUGCCUAUACCUACCAGAACCAUGAUAUCGAGAAAUUCAAGAAAUAUCGUCAAGCUUUGUGGCUUAUACCAUUAGUGCUGGUCGGUAUUAUUUACACGGGACUAAUCUUCAUUAUAUUUCGAGACGCUGUAUCCAUGUACUAUAUGAAAAUAUUUUUCUCGGCUGCAAGUGUAACGUUAUUUGAUACGUUUGUGGCCAUUUUAAUUUUGGGUUGCAUAUUUAAGAUUGAAGAUAUCUAUACAAGUUUCUUGGAGUGGAAUGGUUGGACUAUUUCCAGUAAACUAACGUACAGUGCAUAUUUAGUUCACAUUGGCUUGAUCAGAUACGUCGCUGGCACUAAGGCUGCUCUGAUACAUACAUCCUUUAUCGUUAUGCUGAUGUACGUACUCGGCACUGUGACCCUAAGUUUUGCAGGGGCUUUCGUCUUUUGGUUGGUAGUGGAAGCUCCCUUGAAUCAAAUCUUCAAAGCGCUAAUUCACAUAAAUCGUAAAGCACGUAAUAAAAAUGAGGUUGUUUAAUAAAAA